AGACAGUCAACGUUCUCCCACUACCAAAAUGGCCGCUUAUUCUCCUUCUCAACGUUUGGUCGCAAAAAGUCCUGGAAAAUGCUGGCCAGACUCUAUGCGAGACUGGAAACAACAUAUUUUCUUUGUCCGCUUGAAAGGUCCGCCAUUUUCCCUGCUAACAAUAGCUUCAUGACGUCAUGACUGUCCUAAUUUAUCGGGAUAUUCCGGACUGGUAAACGAAAGUUUCAUGGCAGAAAUCGAUCAUAUUUUAAAGUUUUAUCAAACUAAAGUUUAACAGCCCAAGGAUGUCUUUCGAUGUGUCCAGUGAAGAUCUUUGGAGUGCGACUACUAGACGUACAAUCAGAGAAAGAUGCCAAUUCAUGUUUAACAACGAACUCUUGAGCGAUGUCAAAUUUGUCGUUCGAGACUCUGAAGGCGGAAGUGACAGUAUGAAGAAGAUUCCAGCUCACAAGUUCUUGUUGGCGAUCAGUAGUCCAGUAUUUUAUGCCAUGUUUUACGGCGAAUUGGCCGAGAGGAAAGAUUCAAUCGGUAUCUCUGAUUGCGAUCAUAAAAGCCUGUUGGAGUUGUUUCGCUUCAUGUACAGCGAUGAAGUGAACUUGAACGCAGACAAUGUCAUGCAAGUGCUGUAUUUGGCCAAGAAAUACAUGCUUCCUUCUCUCGCUGACAAGUGCACAGAGUUCCUUGGAGAAAACUUGGAUACGUCAAACGUAUUCCAUGUAUUACCAGACGCACAGAAGUACGAAGAGAAAGGUCUGCAGGAUCAUUGCUGGGAAGUUAUCGAUAAACAGGCGGACGAAGCUGUUAAAUCGGAUGGUUUCGUGACAAUCGAGAAAUCAGUGCUGGAGGCAUUAGUCGAGAGAGAUUCGUUGGAAAUCAGAGAAGUAGAAUUAUUCAAAGCUGUCGAUUGCUGGGCCCUAAACGAAUGUGAAAAGCAAGGCCUAGCAGCAGAAGGUUCUGUGAAAAGAAGGAUCCUUGGAGAACGGAUCAUUAAGGCAAUUCGUUUCCCUGUGAUGGAACAGAAGGAAUUCGCCGAUGUCGUGCUUGACUCUGACAUACUUAAAAAGAAAGAGUUAAGUGACAUGAUGAAGUACUUUAGCUUGUUACUGACAUUUCCGGGGGGGUCUUCUGAGACCAGAAGACGUGGUCGUAAGCGAAUGAGCAGGUUUGGUUCAGGGAACAAGUUACAAGUGUGGUGGCAUUAUAUUGCUUCAGCUGUUCGAAACUCACUUGUUCUUUCGGUAGACAAAGAAAUACAACUACAUGCGGUGCGUCUCUUUGGAAGCGAAAACAAUGAAUAUUCAGUAACAUUAUCGGUAACUGAUUCCAAUGGCGCUGAUCUGACAAAUAAAACAGCCAAGUUUCUCUCUGAACGAAUGCAAAAUGAAGGAGGAGGGUAUCACGGCUUUGAUAUCGAGUUUAAGCCUCCAGUUGUUUUACAAGCGGGGAAGCAGUAUUUUUUGGAAGCGUCUAUUAAUGGUCCACCCUCCUGGUAUGGGCAGGGUGGCUUGUCCCAUGUGGAGCAUGCCGGAGUAACAUUUUCCUUUGAAAACAAGGCUGGAGCAGUAGAAUUGAGAAAUACAACUGUUUCAAAUGGGCAAUUUUCUGAAUUUGAAUUCACAGUAAACUAAGUGUAUGUCCUGAUAUGUGAGAGGUAUAGACUCAGAAUAGAGGGUUUACUAUUUUUCCAGUGUCAGUAGUCCUGAGGUCUUAAAGACUUAGUCCAAAACAGGCAACUAAAUCAUUGCAAAUUAACCAAUGAUUUUUUUAAAAAAUAAAACAUAUCUGUAUUCCAGCUGCAUUACUGAUGAGCUGUGGGAGGCGUUUUUCUGUAGUAAAUAAAAGUAAACUUCUCUGAAAUAAAGUCGUCUUGUUACUUUCAGCGAACGAAAAGCCUAGGCACUGGUUAAGAACCGAGGCCUUCUAGGUUCAAUGAAAAUGUUGUUACAUUUCGUUGCACUGGUAACUCUAUCCUCGGAGACAACGGCAGAUAGUCGAUCCGGACGAUGCGAUAUUAUCGAGCGUAAGUUUGUUUGAAGAGCGGGAGUAAAACUUUCGUCCAACUCGCGUCGCUCGAAAAUAUCGCAUCGUCCCGACAAGCUGCCCCAUGCGAAGACUCACUCGCCUAACGGCUCAUGUGCCUACUUUUUUGCUCUUGGCACAUUUUGACGUCAUCUGUGAUCUGUUUCUGAACAGACGCACCGCAAAACU